UUUUUAUACAUUGGUUUUAAUCGAGAGGAGAAACUUGUUGCGGUCAUUGUAUUAGCCUUGCUUUUCUUUCCUUGUGUUCGAGAAUUCUCACAUCGAUCGACCGAUUGCAUUCGAAUUCGAAGAGAGAUCGGGGGUUUCAAGAAGAAAUCGGAGAGAAAGUAGCGUGGAAUCGGCCAUCGGGCGCGGAGAGCCGCGAGGAUUUUUGGUAUGGAGAUCCAGCAGUGGGAGGCGGUCUGAAGAAAUCUAGGGCAUUUGUUGGAAUCUCAGGUUCUUCGAGGAGGAGGAGGAGGAGGAGGAGAUGAAGGUGGUGGUGGGGAGCCCAGGCACUUGGAGCGGGCUGCUGCUGAGGAUCGGGCAGUGUGCCUUCGCCGGUGCUUCGAUUGGGUUCAUGGUCUCCGCUCUAGGGUUCUCCAACUACACCGCCUUCUGCUAUUUGAUUUCUUCUAUGGGACUACAAGCAUUAUGGAGCUUGGGACUUGCAUGUGUUGAUAUCUAUGCCUUAAAGAUUAAAAGAGAUCUGCAUAAUCCUAUGUUAGUAAGCUUGUUCUUGGUCGGUGACUGGGUAACAGCAAUCCUGUCACUUGCGGCGGCAUGCUCUUCAGCGGCUAUAACAGUUCUCUUUGCAAGAGAUUCAGACUUCUGCAGAAUAAUUCUUCAAUUCUCAUGUGGCAAGUUUGAAAUCUCCAUUGCAUUGGCUUUUCUUACAUGGCUGCUAAUUGCCGUAUCUUCCCUAGUGAUGUUUUGGCUCCUGGCAUCAGCUUGACGGGUCUUGUAUGAAUCUCUCUUUUUUGUGAUAUUAAUUACUGUUAAAAAAGAAACGAAAUUCACCAUAAUUUAAGAAAAUGGUGCUGAGCUUUGAGCUGCAAGUCACUUCCCAAGUUACCAGAACAUGUUUGUUGUAUACUUUACCUGUAUUAUAAAGUUCUAGCUCAUGUAAUGCUUUACAAUCUAGCCUGGCCAGCUUUUUUCUGCAUCUGCUGCGAUAGUUGAUGACAGUGCUGGCUAUGGAAGCAGGCAAAAAUGAGUUUCCUUUUUCUCUUUUCUUUUAUUUGUUAUUUUGUUUCAGUUUUUGCUGUACUAAUAGCUUCCUAUGUUAAUGAGUCAGUCAGUUU